GGUGUGGGAUGGUUAGUUGAAUCCCAAUAGUCAUCGAUGGGUAGCCUGAGAUUUCUUGUAGACUAGACUGCGGGGACUUUCCAUAUGUAGGUAACUCCUCCCUGUGUAGCUCAACGCGCUGCUCCGAGUCGGUUGAUUUCUUCAGAAGAUCCUCUUCGCUACAUGUCGGAUGAAAGAUAAUGAUGAAGACUCUUUGUCUGUAUCAGCUUGUGGCCAUACUGGCCACUGUGGGCAUGGUGAAACUUGUUGAGCCCCCUGACAACGUGUCGAUCUUCUGUCAGAAUGGCACAAACAUUGCCUACUGGAACCACUCUGGACCUGAUUUGUACUUGGUAACAAUCAAAAGUUACAACGAUGGCGAGACACGUUUUCAGGGCCGCAUAUCACAUCGCCAUAUUGACAUGUCCUCUGUAACACCACCCGAAAAUGAUGUAUACAUUCUCGACUUGGUGGCGAUGGAUGGAUCCAACAUUUCAGAUAGAGUUGAAGUAACAUUCGGCUAUAGCAGCGAUCUUCACUCUGAUGUCACCUGUUUCAUGGACUUCCCAACUGUAAAUAUUACUGCUAAGACUGAUCGGAUCAUGUUUUCUUUUGACAAUCCCCUUGAGGUUGUUGAUGAUUCUAAUUAUAGUAAUGAUGGCUAUGACGGUUACAUUGAGCAGAAUGCCACUGGCGAGUAUUUAAACGAAGAUGGGAAGUUUUACUACACGGUGUACACCACUCAUGAUGAGAAACGGCUUGACUUUGAGUGCCCCCUGGAGGCUGGUGUGUGCUAUGGCGAGUUGCUGUUCAGAAACUGCACCAUUCUGGAGCUUGAGGGAAAUAUUGAUGGUGUUCGCUAUAAAUACUCUAAGGACAUAUGCAACAUCGUUCCUGAAAAGGGUUCAUGGCCCAUCUAUCUUAUUUUGGUCAUCAGCAUCAUAGUCCCGGUGUCGCUGGUGUUCAUUAUCCUCUGUACACGGAAAUUGACUAUCAAGACUUUCUUAUCAGCCCAUAUGCCCGAUUCUUUAAAACCAAGUCAAGUACCAGGUGCCCCAGGCCUUCUGAAGCCAGAGUUUACCAUUUCUAGUUGCGCCCAGACAGGGAGCACUCCUCUGCUUCAGUCGCCCGUGGACUCCCCCGCAGAAAGCCCGACGAUCAUCCCACCUGAUGGCUGCCCUGAGAAGACCCACUUCCGCAUCCCUGCUCGUGCCCCAUCCAGCGACGAUCAGCCCGAGGACGGUUACGAGGCCCGUCUCAAGGACGGUUACGAGGCCCGUCUCAAGGACGACCUUGAGCCUGAGCCACAACCGCAGCGCGAGUGCUAUGAAGGCAGCGAUGAUGACGGCUACAUGCAGAGAGAGAGAAUCCCAGACACCUCGGAGAGCACUCACAGCUCUGUCAUCGACAUCGAGUUUGCCCCGGAAGACCGGGUCAGUGGUUAUGGACAUCGCUAGUUCCUGAGCAGAUCCUUGGUGACUCCCUCCUGUUGACGAGGUGACAUUACCACACUGUGGUAUCCUGUCAGGGCUGCCUUCGUUCGCAAGCUUCCAGUCCAAGUUGACUGUAUGUAAUCCAUCGGUUUUCUAGUUGAGUUUGUUACCUUCUGAAUCAGCCCUGUGAUGUGGACAGCACUCGGACGGAGGAGAUGAACUGUCAUGUGAACCCGGAGUGUUCUUCAAUCCCAUGUUACAUGUUUCAAUGCUGAUCCUCUUUCCCUGUUGUAAUGGAAACAUGGUAAAAGUAUUCGAUGAUUUGCACUUGAGUGAGUGAGAGACGGACAGGAGUGGCAUUGGUAGCUGGUCUUGUUUUUUUUUUUUUUUCAGAAUUUUACUGAAUGCCAAAGAGUCCCUUUUCCCUUGUCAAAAAAAUGGUUAUGAUCAUUUUUCUGUUGUUAAAUUUUUUUAAAUGAUGUUGGCGUUUCUCUGUUGCAUUUUUCAUUAUGCUGUUUUAUAUUUUUGUGUAUUUUCUGUUUUAUUUGUACAUCAUGAUUCAUGACCUACAUUUUGGCACAGUAGAGAUACAAGAAUGCAUUUCACCCUGAUUUCACAUUCAAUGUCUUAUGUAAAGCUUUCAGUUGCAUUGUGCAUGAAGUCAAGUUUAUUUAUAUAGCGCAUUUCAUACACAGAGGUCAUUCAAUGUGCUUCACAUAAACAAAAGCAAACUGGAAUAUCAAAUAAAAACAUAGAAAAACAUUGUUAGCAGAAGAAGUUGUUGUGAUUCCUCACUACUUUAAGAUGCCUAGAAGACACUGCAGUGUGAAAAACUGAUCAAGUGCAUCGCACAAUUGUCUUGGAUACCGUAAAAAAACGUGGGUUGCGUUUUUUUGUUUCCCCACAUGGAAAAAGAUGAGGCUACAGUUAUCUGCCAGGUGUGAUGGCACUACACACUAGCUGCAUAAUAAGCAAAUAAGGAAAGAUUUUUGGACCCUCAAUGCUAGUCUAUAUAAUGUUAUUCAUAAGCCUAACGUGAAGUAGGCUAAAACCUUUCUAUGCUGACUGCUGGGGGUUUACGUAGCUGACUGUAGCUAGCCUAACUUAUGGAACAUGGACUUGUUUAUGAGGGAGGGAGAAAGAGAGGGGCUUGCCUUUCAUUGGCACAUUUUUGCUCUAGUGGUAUAGCAUAAAUCAGGAUUAU